AUAACCCACAUGGCACCCCCAUCAUAAUAAUACUAAUUUAACAUUAUUAUUACACAUUAUUUUGUGUGCAUUGCCGUCAGGUCAGUUUUCACAGACCUUACAAAGGUCAUCCACCACUCUCCCCUUCCCUCCCUUUCUUCUUUCUUCUCCUUCUUCUCUCUCCCUCUCCAUCCUUCUUUCACACUCCAACGCUGUCACCAUUAACAAUGGAACUCCCCAAACCAACCCCCACCAAAGAUGUUCUAGAACCUUCCAACCCAACAAGCAGCAGCAACAAUAACACUGAAGAAUCCUUCACUUCCGUCUUCGACGACGCCUACGACAGCAACUGCUCAACCCCAUACGUCAGCGCACCCUCAAGCCCGGGCCGAGGACCACCAGUCUCCGGCUUCUUCUACAGCGCACCCGCCAGCCCGUUACACUUCGCGAUAACCGCCGCUUCCUCCUCCUACCAAGCAAACCACUCCUCCUCCUCGUCUUCGGUUCCAAUGGGCUACGAGUUCGAGUUCUCCGCCCAUUUCGGGUCCUCCGGUCCAACCGGGCCCGGUUCGAUGAGCUCGGCAGACGAGCUCUUCCUGAACGGCCAGAUCCGGCCUAUGAAACUCUCCUGCCACCUGGAACGCCCUCAGGUCCUCGCUCCCUUGCUGGAUCUGGACGAAGAAGAAGAGAACGAAGAAAAUAGCGAUGAAGUUGCGGAAGCUAAACUUGUUGUUGUUCGAGGAAGGGAUCUGAGGCUUCGCGAUAAGUCCCUUCGGAGAAGGACCAGAUCCAUGUCACCUCUUAGAAGCAACGCGCACAUGGAGUGGGCCGAGAUCGAGGAGGAUAACGGCCCAUCAGAGCCCGAGAAGAGCCCAAGGAGAAACCAGAACAACAAUGAAAAUAUUAACAAAGAUAGUAACGGUUCGUUAGAAACAGAGAGCAACAACAUGGAGGGUUCCGGUUCGGGUUCUGGUUUGGAGGCGACACCUUCGGUUUCAGGGUCGGGUUUAGGUUCGGGAUCGUCUUCAAGAUCGUCGUCUGCGGGAAGGAGCUCGAAGCGGUGGGUUUUCCUGAAGGACUUUCUGAGGAGCAAGAGUGAGGGAAGGAGUAACAAUAAGUUCUGGUCUACCAUAACAUUCUCUCCUACAAAGGAAAAGAAACCGAACCUCUCCAACAACGGUAAUAAUAGUAGUAGUAGCGAGACGCAGAGGUCUUGGGCCAAGAGAGUGACUGGGAAGCCCACGAACGGCGUCGUUGGGAAGAGGCGGGUGCCGCCUUCGCCGCACGAGUUGCACUAUAAAGCCAACAGAGCCCAGGCUGAAGAGUUGAGGAAAAAGACCUUUUUGCCCUACCGCCAGGGCCUUCUAGGGUGCUUGGGUUUUAGUUCUAAGGGGUAUGGAGCCAUGAAUGGCUUCGCUAGAGCCUUAAACCCUGUUUCCUCCCGGUAAAAUUUAGAAACCUAAACAAACCUCCAUGUUUGUUGGCUUGGGUUUUUUCCCCAUAAAUUGUACAGAUUAUUAUUACUACUACUAUUAUUAUUACUAUCUUUAUUAUUAUUAUUAUUAUUAUUAUUAUUAUGAAGAUCAUUUUGGAAUGGAAUAGCUCAGAUUUGUUGGGCUAUGCUGUCUGUAUCAUAGGGUAGAACCUAUCCAGGGAGUUGGUGAAAAAGAAGAAACUGAAGCAUGGAGGUUUCUUGAUUCGCCAUCUUUACUUGUAGAUGAGGGUGACGCUGAUUAAAUUAUGUAUAAUAUACUGUGUAUUGUAUUUACUAUAUACACAGUUUCUAUGCAGUGACUCAAGUUUAUAUAUUAUUCA